UCCUGGGUUGACUCAACCUCAAAUGAGUACCUGGUGCGGUAUUUAAAAAUAUCGCCACUGGGCAGACAAAGGCGGUCGGGCGUGGUGUUGGCCACCCACCCCGUGUACCGUACCGGCCUUUAUACGUGCACGUUAAUAGCACUUUCCCCAACAGUCGGUGAAGGCUAUACGGGGGUUCUUUGUCUUUGAUCUUUUGUGUGCGUGUUUGUCCUCAGCCCAAGCUGUACCGCUCGGUGAUGGAGGACGUGAUUAACAACGUUCGGGAGGUGUUUCUAGACGAGGGAGUGGAGGAGCAGGUGCUGCAGGAGCUCAAACAGAUCUGGGAGAGCAAACUGCAGCAGGCGAAGACGGUGGACGGCUUCCACUCGGAGGAGCAGCAGCUGCUGCUGCAGGCGGCCCAGGGUCAGCAGGGGAAGGGCAUGGCCCUGCAGAAACAACCCCACGUCAUCCAGAUCCCAAACAUCCCAGCUGGAGCUCAGAUCGUGGUACAAGAUGGACGCUCCAUUCAGCACAUCUCAACAACGAACAUGACGGCAUCCGCAACAGCAGCAACCAUGGCUCUGCCGCAGGGCGUGGUUCCGCCUUACCAGAUUACAGGGGGACUGCCCGGCCAAAUGAUCCAGACAUACAAGCACGUGAUGGUGACGCCGCAGGGCCAGCAGAUCAUCCUGCAGCAGCCGACCACCAUGCUGGCGUCAGUUGGAGGGCAGCAGCUGCUGGUGCAGACGAGCCAGGCCGGGGCGAGUGGCACCGUCGGCCAGCCUGGCGGGGCGGCCAGCCAGGGCACGGUCAUCCAGCAGGGCCAGGGCACGCAACACGUGCUGACCCAGCUGGGCACGGGGACGCUUCCCUCGGGCGUGGUGCUGCAGCACGCCGCACCACAGCACCAGGUGGUGCUGGGAAAGCCGCCCUCCUCAACCGCCUCGGCUGCGACGACGAGUGGGGGCUCGGGGUCGACGGGGCCGUCACCGCUCGUCAUCCAGGUGGAUGGCGCCGGGGACACGUCGUCGGACGAGGACGAGGAUGACGCCAACGACGACGACAAGGACAAGGACGACGAGCUUGGGGACGAGGACGACGCCGUCGAGGAGGACCCCUUGAACUCGGAGGACGACGUGAGCGAGGACGACCCCUCGGACCUCUUCGACACCGACAACGUGGUGGUGUGUCAGUACGACAAGAUUCACAGAAGCAAAAACCGAUGGAAGUUCCACCUCAAGGAUGGCAUCAUGAACCUCAACGGCAAGGAUUACGUUUUCUCCAAAGCGGUCGGAGACGCCGAGUGGUAGGGCGGGAUUUGGAGCUGCGUGCGGUGCGUUUGUGUCAAGUGACCGGGUUCGGCAGCGGGGGAACAGAGGGACGGAGGGAUGAGGGAGGCCCAAGGGGCGUGUGCUUUGAUGCCGCCCAUGGGCUCAGUGCAGCAGCAGUGGCAUCGACAGCAGCGGCAGCAGCAGCAGCGGCGGUGGUGGCGAGGGCUCGUGGAGCUUCGAGUCACCGUGUCUCUGAUACACGGGCCUCCCCGACGCUUUCGUGUGCGACACUGCCAGCUGCGUGGACGCUGGAAGGUGGGGCUGAGAGGCACGAGUUUUUUUCCACGAGGCCUCAUUGAUCGAGAGCCCGAAAUCGACCAAACGAGAGGUGGGGGGGUGGGGGGGAGUGUGACGUGGGAAAACGGGGGUAGGGGGAGAGGGUGCCGGUUUUACUCUCGGUAGCCGAGGAGGCAGCGUGCACAGACGCGGCUUUGUAUAUUGUGUCCGGUCACUGUUCAGUCAUGUUCAUUAUUGUAAUGUUUCUUUAUUUAUGUAUAUAUUUGGCUUCAGUUUUAAUUUGGGUAGCUAGUCAGUGCAGUGCUUAGAGAAAAGACAAAGCAUCUCUUUUUUCAGUCAGUUGGUGGUUCUUAGCCACUCAUGGAAAUUAUUUCCUAUACUGGGAGCCAGGCUUCUGUACCACAACUACUGUCGUUUGUAUCACAGUGGUUCUGAAGGGAGCCAGGUUUCCGUAACACAACUACUGUCGUUUGUAUCAGUGGUUCUGAAGGGAGCCAGGCUUCCGUAACACAACUACGGUCAUUUCGCCACAGUGGUUCUGAUGGGAGCCAGGCUUCCCUACCACAAUUAUUGUCAUUUUGCCACCGUGGUUUCUGAUGGGAGCCAAACUUCUGUAACACAACUACUGUCGUUUUUGUCACAGUGGUUCUGAUUUUAUUGGUUAUGGGAGGCGCACAAAUGCCGAGUUGCUUACCGAGUGACAUUUUAAUUGAUAUUUUCUGAUUGUUAGCCCCCUGACCACUGCACCACCUGGUUGAGUAAAGUAAGUGCACAUUCACAUUAUAUGUUCAUGCCAAAUGGGAUAGAUGAAGUCAGUGUGUUUGAAAAUAAAAGAUGUUUUUACUCCGUAUUAAAACUCCUGGCUUCCGUGCAUUUGUCUGCCAAAGACCAGUCUGUUCCAAGAACAGUCACUGAUGACUUGCCACAGAGCAAUACUCAUUGUAUCCGUGCCUGAGGGGAGAUUAUUUAUUUUGACCCCGACCUGGAUUAGAUCUCGCUACCUUUUGAUCGUAAUAAACCUCAAUCACAGCCAGACAAAACGAGAUAAAUUAGCCUCUAAAUUAACACUGAACUCAGCUGAUUGGACAAAUGUCUCUGUCAGGUCACAAUUGAGAAUGGCCGUGUGUAACCUGUUAUUUAAGAAUAAUAUGCUUCUGAAAUUAAGGCAUCAAGGCACCGAUGGGAGAUGUGCAUGUUUAGCAUGGGGGAUACGUUGAGAAGAGGGCUAUUGCCACUUCAUUUUGCUUUCAAAGUUUUCCAGAACUAAAAGUGGGUGAAUACUGAACCACCCUCAUAGUCGGUUCACUCCAUGGAGAAGCAUAAUUUCAAACCCAAAAGUGUGAAGACGGACGCAGUUUGUGAGCUGAGUUUUUGACGAGUCAAGAACCUCCCCUAGUUCUUCAAAGGUUUACAAUGGCGUCAUCUCUGACUGGGAUGGAACACAGUCACGGGUCCACACGAUUCCACUUGCCGGGCCCUGAAAACCCCAGCCUCCACACAAGGAAACUCGUGCUUUCAAGACGCAGAGUGCCUCCUUGUUGUCAUUGGCAACCACUCGCAUUUUAAGAUCAGCUGAUGUGGAUCACGAGACUCAUAAUGGCCAUGUUAGAACACCGAGCCACCACUUUGGAAAUCCUGGGUAUGAAUCUAGGUAGCCAGCCAUGAUGAAUAAAAAUGGAUUAAAAAUUUCAGAGGGGUUUGGUUUUUAACCCUUUCCCGUUCCGAUGACAUACAUGCACGUCAUAAGUUUCUCUUCCGAUUCUGUUCCGAUGACGUACGUGUACGACAAAAUAACUUUAUCGGUACCGAGGUUCCCGCAACGCCAUGCAGGAGGGCGUGUGGCACAGUUUGGCGGCAGCUAUUGUAGAAUGCAGUCGUGUUGUAUCGGUUCUCUGCGGUGAGUGCAAUAUCUUUCAAAACAAUGGCGCUACUACGCCUCUAAAAGUAAAGUUAACGCUCAGUCGCUUGCGCGUUCCGAGAUUCAACGGUGGCCAGGGACCCCCCCCCCCAACCCUGCAACUUGCAGUCAUCUUGGAACGGGAAAGGUGUUAACUUAAUGUGGCCCAGCUUUGAGGGAUAAAGUAUAAAAACCAAAUGGACUAACCCUGGAAGAACCCGUGUAUUCACUCGAGGUAGAUUUCCACUGAAGCCGUCCAGUGUAGAUGUUAUUUCAAGUGACUCGUCGAAGUGGUUCUGUGGUGUCUGGGACUUCACUGAUGUGGCGGCGUGUGGCUCCGCCACCUGUGGGAGUUCUUUCCUGGACGUUUCCUCGCUCCGCUGCUUAACGACAUUGACAGCACAGUCGGUAUUUGGGUGGUGAUAACAAUUCAACAUGUACGGUAAUGUAAUUGCAAGCGAGUUAAUUAUGCCCGCUUGUAAAUUUCCCUUCAUGCCGUAGCGUUGAUGGUCUUAAAUUGGUGAAAUAUUUGAGUAUUUUAUCAUUUCAAUGGCUUGAGUGUUGCAGGAGCAAGUGAGUUGAAACAAAUAUAGCAGAGCAUUUGUUAUUUCUAGCUUCUAUUAAUAUACGUAACAUGUUACCCGUAUACCAUAUAAUUGUGUGAGGGAUGUAAAGACAAGUGUGCCUUAGACAUGAUUGGCAUUCCUGCCAUCGUUUGUGAUGUACACUUUGCUUCCCCUGUAUGUACAACACAUGGUCACGCCACGUCUGUCCUUCAAAACACUGCCUGGUCAUUUCAGUUGUUAAGAUACGGUGUGCAGAGUUUAGAUGCAGUUACAUCUGAAAGUGCUUGGCAGUUGUAUGUGUUCAGCAUGGUGGGGGGGGGGGGGAUCGGAGCUAAUUUAACCCACACCCGCAAACUUACAGAACCGAUCUACAACCUUCAAAGGUUCAUAGCCUUCGCUAUUCCUGAUGGGGUGAGUGUUGUCAGACGGCAACGUUGUUACUCUGGGGGUGAUGGGACCACAGUUGUCUGUCCAUUGCUGAUGUUUUCAGCUGGUGCAUCUGCUAUUAAUUUUUGAGGCUGAGUCCACGUAGAGGAGACCCACGGUGGUGGAUUUAGAUGUCAAGUGACCACUGAUGUUUUGUGCACAACUGUCACAAAUCGAGGUUCUACGGCUGGGAUUAUAGCACAGUGCACAAGCCCCUCCAAACGCGCACAAUGCGUUGUCCAUACAGAGUAGAGGCUGUCAUUGCAAUGUUGUUAGCGAGCACCUGUUAAGCACAUACAACAUGCACGCGCGAGCAAGCUUGCUAGAUAAGUUAUUUAUUUUUCAUGUUAAAUAAAUUACCAAAAUUUGUAACGAGUCAUAAAGAAACGUUGUCCCGGUUGGGCUCGUGUUGUAUUCAUCAAUUCAUUUAUAAAUCAAACUAUACUCGUUAUAUUACAAAAAUGUAGUUUUAUUCAAGUCUCCAUGUCAACUUGAUAGAAACUGGAGUGGGCCUAAUCCUACAUGGGGCCAAGAAAAAUCAGUAAUAGGGAGAGGGAUGUAAAACGUGACAGUAGAGACGACCACUGCGUACACGGGUUUUGUCUCCCUCAGACUCCCAUUAUCUGCUGUUCUGAAAGGAAGACGAGCAAAAUAAAAUAAUUGGUGGACUUUACCUGAAAACUGUAAAAAAAAUGUUUCCAUCAAGGUAAAACUAAAAUCUUCGAGCUGUGUUGGCCAGGGCAGUGUGCUGCUGCUGCUGGUGCCGGGUUGAUUGGUCUCGCUGCACCCGGCUCGUCGACACGCAGGCACCACCCAAGUGUGUGUUGGUGAGAUGCUCGCCGUGCGUGUGAGCGAGCCCGAAGUGCUUUUUCUGCACUUCUAAUUAUUGCAGGGGCAGCUCAAGCUUACGAACGCGGUCACCUGGGGGGGAGAACGUGGGUUCCCCGAUUGCUCCUGGAACGCGCUUUCCUGUGAAAUUGCAUUGGCGACGUUGCACAGUCGUGUCAGCCCAGUCCACACUAAGGCGGUGGCGCUACUCUGCAGAGCGAAGUGACAUUCGCGUGAGCAUCUCGUGGCGUCACCCCCCCCCCUCCCCAAGCAGUGACGUGCGGUGAGGUCAAUAGCUGGGGAGGCACUGGCGAGUGUCAGAACCAGAUUCACACACUGAGGGGAGUGUGGCCUUACUGAGGGGGGCGUGUCCUCACUGAGGGGGCAUGUUAGACACAUCCCCCUCAGUGAGGCAGAUGUGAUAGCUGCCUCCCCUGGUGCUUUUUCAUUGCAGUUUCAUGACGAGACCAGCGAGCCUAAAUAUAUUUAUACACAUACGUGAAAUAAGUUACCUGGAGUAUGGAAGGCAAGGACAUGAAAUGAAGGGGUCUACAAACAUUACAUUCGUGACAGAGAUAGUAACAGGCACGCGCUUUAUUGCCCGCGCUCAAUCCAGUUACUGAGGGGUUGCACAAUCAAGAGGGGAGGCUGAGCUCAUCGCUGCCUCACCUCUCGUCUUCCUGUAUUUGCAGCGGAGCUCCACAAAUUUGGCGAUUUUGACUUAAAAUGAUUGGCAUCGUACAGAAAUUACAUUUAUAACACAGAUCAGUGGAAAAUCUUAAUAUUUAUUUAAUUUGAUUAUUCUAUUUUUUAACUUUUCGUAACAGCUAUUUUCAUUGGAGUAUGACAGGUGAGGCUCUGCCUCCCCUGACCGCACGUCCCUGCCCCCAAGUGACCUUUACAGCUUCAGACUCGUGUUUGGAUGGGUGCCCAUGAUUAACGAACCGCACUCUACAGACGAUAACCAAGCUGUGCUAUGGGCUCCGCCUUCCUUGACGGUCGAUACACGUGGCCCAUGUCGGUUAUGGAUUCCUUUGAUUAUGUUCAGGAUACUUCUAAAAUGUGUAAAUUAUUUUGUUGUGGUUACAUCAAUACCAAGCAGCAUUAUUACUCGUCAAUUGUCUUGCUUGAAGCUUG